AUAUAUAUAUAUAUUUUUCUCUUUAAAACCAUAUUCUAAAGUCAUAUUGUUUGACCUUGCAAUGCUUUUGAAUGGUAGACUUUGAAAAUAGUUUUUUUUCUUUCUGUGAACUUACAAAACUUUACAAUUAAACAAAAGUAUACAAUUUUAAAACAGUCAACAAGCCAGAGUUAAUCAUAAAUAAAUUAACAAACGAAAGAAAGAAAGAAAGAAAGAAAGAAAGAAAGAAAGAAAGAAAGAAAGAAAGAAAGAAAGAAAGAAAGAAAAUGGUGUCUUUUAAUUAGCAAUGUCAUAUUUGCUUGUAAUCUCUAUCAGAUGUUUUACUGUUACAGUUCUUUAUCUUAAGUACAAUAAUCUUAAACUCAUUUCUAAAAUGAGAGAAAUUUGGUUUGGAGUCAGACCAUUUUACUUUAUGAAUAUGAAAUUUCCCCAGUAAGUACUGGACUAAAUAAAUCAACAAUCACGACAGGCGGAUGAUGUCACAGUACCGCGAGAUGUUAGACUUUGAGAUUUCUUGACUCGCUCUCGCGGUACUUUUACGUCAUCCGUCAGUCGGUGAUUGCAGCGCCGCAUGAAGUUGAACAAGCCGUUUGAUUCGUAAAGCGCUGCACAACCUGUUCGGAAUUCCAUCAAAGUCCCGCGAGAGCCAAUCAAAAGCCCUUUUAACAUAACACUUUCAAAACAUUUCGCUCUCGCGAUACUUUGUUAUCAUUCUUCUGCGCAGCGGCAUAUAAAGCGGAACACACGCCUACCAAAGGAACCGGAAGUUACGUAGCGACCAGCCACCUAUAUUUAAACACGCGUUACGGCGGUAAAAUUCAAACCGCUGUUCAUAGUUUGACUAUUGCACAACGCGAAGAGUUUGUCUUUUGGAGUGCUUUUGGAGUGAGUCUAUCGACUUUUGGAGGACCGUUACAUUGAGUGUGGUUCUUAAUUGGUGUUGGCGUGUAUUCUAGUACAUCAGGUGUGAUACUUCAUUGGUGUUGGAUUAUUUUCUAGUACAUCAGGAAAUAAUGUAUCAUAUUGUGAGCUUUGUGGAAACCCAAGAAGUUGAGGUUGUGCCUGCAAUCUGGGUAAAAAACAAAGUGUGUCUAUGGCCUCCAUACAAGGGUGAAGGCGUACAGAGGGCCACCAGGAAUUUGGAGCAGCCGCAGGACUCUUGGGUGGCUUAUAAAGUUCGAGUUCUGUAUACUGCAAACAAUUACAGUGAGGCUCGUCGGAAGCUGCCUCUUGCAGAGGAACAAACUGAUCUGCAGUCAGAGGCAGAGACUGACCCCCUGAGAGCGCCAAAACGGAAAAUGAGAAGAAACCGGCGUCUAUUGGAUGACUAUGAUACAGACGAGGAGGCCAUUGCACCAAAAAAUAAUUUGCCGCAAGCACCAUUCAUCCAACCACCAUCAAAAAGGGCAUGCUCCACUUCAGAUGAGGUUCAACGCAGAACCCAAAGACCCCCGUCUGUGACACAGGUUCCAGGAACCUCAAGGCAGUUGAUGAUGGAAAGAAGUCCUCCCUCUGAAUGGGAGAACUUUGAUAGUGCUUUGGGAAAGUCAUUACGGCAAGCCAUUGACAUUCCUGCACCAUCACCAGCUCGGACUCUUUACCAGUCUGCCCAUCAGUUGCGCCCAGAAGCUGAAAAUUUAAGUCAAUUGUCAUGGCAAAGAGGAUCGAUGCUACAAUCUCCUGAGGACCCAACACAACCUCUGUGGCAUCAUGAAACCCCUAGAAGAAGCUAUUCAAUGGAUGAUCCAUUCCAAAAAUCCCUUCUUCAUGAUGUGUUAACCAAGCUUGAAGUAGUUAUGGAGCAGCAGAGAAACAUUGUAAGGAUGAUUCAAGACCUUAAAUCCAACAAUGUAAGGGAGAUCACAGAGGAAAACGACCUAAGUCCCACUCUCUUUCCAGUGGCAGAUUGAAGGUCCCUAACUGGCCUUGAAAGUACUCUUCGGUCCAGUCCUGAAACAAGACGAAAAGUGGUGAUUGAACUUGGAUUGCUUGGUGGGGUGGACGUCAAGGACACAAUUUGGCGUAUAAUGAAGCAGACCAUAAAAAAUGACUUGGCAAAAACGAUGGAAAAACACCAUUCCAAGGACUUGAACUGAAGAAUGUUGUGAUUGAGGAUGUGAGACGAAACCCUUCAUGCUCCCAGACAACAGAGCUUGAAGUGGAAAUGGUUAUAAGGCGGUGGUCUUAUCUGGCUGGUGAUCGUGAGGGUGGCAGGAAAAACAGAACACCCUUACAAAGACUUUAAUCGAACUAUUGCCUUGCCCAUUUUUUGUUUGCCUAAUUGUUUCUUUUUAUCAAGCAAUUAUUUUUUUAGUUAUUUACUUUUUUUGCAUUUUUUUUCUCUUACAACCAUUUUAUUCAAUUUUGCAAAACAUUUACUUUUUUUUUUAAUUGCACUAUUGGUUGGUUUGAAUAUUUGCUUUUUUUAUUACUUAGUUUUGUGAGGCUUUCUUAAUUUGUGAAUGUUUAUUCAUUUACUUUAUUUGCACAUAGAUUUUUAUUUGUAUUUUGUUUUUCUCUUACAACCAGCAACAAUUUUGCACAACACUUACUUUGUUUUAAAUUGCACACUUGGUUGGUUUAAAUUGUGUUUAUUUUUAUUGUGACUUUGUUGGUUUAUGUUUAUUCAUUUACUUUAUUUGCACAGAUUUUGUGUAUUGUUUUUCUCUUACAACCAGCCAGGCACGUGCACACAUAGACAUCAAAGGGGGCUUGAGCACCUGCCCUUUUUAUUCCUGGAGAGAAAGUGCCCUUUUUUUCUGGGGUGCUUUUAAAAAAAAUACUAAUAAUAUGAUCUUUAUACGUAUAACAACUGAUGUCUGUCUGUUUCUUGUGUUUUUUACUUGUUGCUUAUUUAAUUUAACAUGAGAUUUAAACUCUUAUAUAAAGAAAAAUAGCGCUAUUUGUGGCACACAAACGGUUAACAGAUGAGUCCCGCCUCCAAAAUUCACAUCGCUAAUAUGAUUGGCUGUACCUUUCCUUAGUCCCGCCUCUCUAACUUACUUCGCUUUAUAAUUGGUUUGUCAACACUCGUGGUGCAUCAUUCGCGCUUCAAGCGCCAAAGCUCAGCCCGACCGAGACUCGAUCAUGUGCAUGAUUAUGCAGGCAGGCUACCGGUAAGUGUUUGAGGAUGAAAGCAUUCUUAUAUUAACAGUUUUAUGCACAAAAUAUGGGACACGUUGUUACACAUAACGAAUCAGGGACAUUGUUUUCCAUGGCAAUCCCAUAUUAACCUGAAGAGUUGCAAACUUGUAACAGUGUAGUGUAUGUAGUUUAAACGGACUGCUCAUAAAAUAAUAAAGCACAAACAAUAAAAUAAUUGCUAACUGCAGUAGUAAGCUUUUUUGUUUGCGUUUUUUGUAAUGGCUGUUAAAUAAGUAUAAUGUGUUAUACUGGAGUGCUGGAGUAGAUUGGGAAGAAAUCUGAUGGUUCAGUAUUUUACUUGCCCAGUCUGAAUUUUCACUGACAUCACAAAAAAGUAAAAUAUAAAAUACAAAUAAAAUAGGCCUAAUCUAUAUUUGUUGUUUCUGACAUGUGUAACCCUAAUAAAUAUGAAACCUAAGAUUAAAAGUGCCAUAGGAUGUGUUGUCAUAAUAUGUUAAAUUGUUCUUUGACAAUUACAUAGAAUGUAUGUUGCUUUAUUAAGUGCAAAAAUUAUCCAGAAACGUUUUUACAUGUCUAUUUACAACCCUAGAAUUUGACAUUUUAAUUAAAUGGUCUAUUUUUUCCCUAUUUGAAAGGUUCAUGAAUAAUAAUGUUGAGCUCUGCUCUGAUUGCUCUGCUCUGAGGCUCAUGCCAGAAGCUCACAUUAGUAAACAGACCUUAUAUUUUGAGCCCUUAUCAGACAAAAAUACAUUUUGAGUAACAACUAACAACUAAUCAGCUAAACGCUAGCAUAUGAUAUAGCAUUUAUUGGCAUGUAGCGCUAACUCAGCAAUCACAACUAUGUUUUUAGCAUUUUAACAAAUUUGUAAUUAAUGUUAUUGUAAUGUAAUUUAAUGUUUUCAAAACAUGCACAUUGUGAAAUGGCUUCUUUUGCUGCUCUAUAAACCUAGACUACUAAGGAGACCAUGGUGUCUGUGUGAACUGAUUAUUUUGUAGACAUCUUUUGAAAAUUAAACAAUUGGGUGAGUUUGAGGAAGAUAAAAUUAAUUAACCUUUUUAAUUUAUAUUUUUUUUAAAAGGAAGUCAGAAUUGCAUUCAUAUAUAUACUUUUUGUUUAAAAAAAAAAAAAAGAAGAGAAGUGCCCUUUUUUUCACUUGAGCCCCUGCCCCUCAAAAUGUCUGUGCACGUCCCUGCAACCAGCAACAAUUUUGCACAACACUUACUUUGUUUUAAAUUGCACACUUGGUUGGUUUAAAUUGUCUUUAUUUUUAUUGUGACUUUGUUGGUUUACGUUUAUUCAUUUACUUUAUUUGCACAGAUUUUGUAUUUUGUUUUUCUCUUACAACCAGCAACAAUUUUGCACAACACUUACUUUGGUUUAAAUU